AGUCAGAACAUUUCCCAACAUUGUUUGGGAAAUGUCAUAAGAAACACUUUGGGAAAAAGAAACUGUGCUGCCAUUCAGUGGGACCUUGACAGGCUGGAGAGUUGGGAGGAGAGAAACCUAAUGAGGUUCAACAAGAGCUGUCCUGUUAUCCCUGGGGAGGGAUAACCCCAGGUACCAGCCCAGGUUGGGGGUGACCUACUGGAGAGCAGCUCUGUGGAGAAGGAGCAGGGUCCUGGUGGGUGACAAGUUGAUCAUGAGCCAGCAGUGUGACCUGGGGGCCAGGAAGGACAGGGAGGUCCUGGGGGGCAAUGGGAAGAGUGUGGCCAGCAGGUCAAGGCAGGUGAAUCCUGCCCUGGUGAGGCACAUUUGGGGUGUUGUGUUCAGUUCUGGUCUUCACAGUUCAAGAAGGACAAGGAGCUACUGGAGAGAGCCCAGCAGAGGCCCAAAUGAUUGAGGAAGUGGAGCAUCUCUCUUGUGAGGAGACACUGCAGGAGCUGGGCCUGGUUAGUCUGGAGAAGACUGAGAGGGGAUCUCAUUAAUGCCUGUAAAUAUCUUAAAGGCAGGUGCCAAGAGGAUGGUUUCAGACUCUUUCAGUGGUGCCCAGGGACAGGACAAGGAGCAAUGGCCAUAAAUUAAAACACAACAAGUUUCAUCUCAACAUGAGGAAGAAGUUCUUUCAUGGAGGGUGGCAGAGCAGUGGAACAGCUGCCCAGGAAGGGUGUUUCUGCUCUCUGGAGACAGGAGUUGUCCUGUGCAUUUGUUGGCACCAGCCGCAGUGGUGCCUCUUCAUCAAGGGCAAUACGUGACAGGGGUGUGUCCCACGUGGGUCCAAAACUCUAAUAAAUACAUUUCCUCCCCAAUCUUGAAGCUGUUGGGUGUUCCUUGCUGUAAAUCUCACUCCCAGAGCCGUGGGCUGCCAAGAGCAGAAGCCGACUGCACGAUGCUGAGCUCGGGUCUUCCUCCUGUUUUCCUGGUGCUCACAGUGCUGGAGCUGAGCUGGUCCCUGAGUGAGGAAGAAAAGAAGAUAAUCCUGGAUGAGCAUAAUAGAUACCGCUCCCAGGUCUCUCCUCCUGCCAGGGCUAUGAUGAAGUUGACCUGGGACACGGAGCUGGAGGCUGAUGCUCAAUCCCAUGCAGAGAAGUGCAUCUGGGAGGACGAGGAGAGUGGCGGACACAAGGAAAACCUCUUUGCUAUGGCCCCAACCCUGGACCUCAAACAUGCUGUGGCAGAAUGGAACGGGGAGAGGAAAUUCUACAGCUUGUUAACAUCCACAUGUCAGCCUGGGAAGACUUGUGGCAACUACAAACAGGUGGUCUGGGCAGACACGGAACACAUUGGCUGUGGGACAAAGCUUUGUGAGAAGAUUGAAGGAAAGGAAACAGAGAACAUGCACCUGCUGGUUUGCAAGUAUUUUCCCCUGGGUAAUGAGAAUGGCCGAAAGCCCUACUGGAAAGGACCCCCGUGCUCACUGUGUCCCAAGGGCACAGUCUGUGUGAACAACCUGUGUGAACGGGAGACAGAUCAGCCCACGACUGGAGCCGCCAGCACCUGCUUGGGGCUUUCGCUCUUCCUCCUCCCCAGUGCCAUCCUGGUGGGCCUUCUGCUUUGAAUGGUCUUUCUCAGCUCUCCCUGCUCCAGUCACCAAGGCUUUCUUCAGCACUGGUUGUUCCACAACCCUGCUGGGCUCAGGAGACCCCUCAGACAGUUCAGGCUGACACCUCCCUUCUUACGCUGCCUCAUUUGCUCCAGCCCUGGCGAGCCUUCCUGAGGAGACUAAGGGCAGGAGGGUGUCUGCCAUAACACUGGUGACCUUGGACACUUCUCCUUUCUUCCUGGCCAGCCUGGGCUUCUGUUCCAUGUGCAAGGUGGGAGUGGUGAGCUGUCCCCCAGCCGUGUGGCCGGCAGGCCCCGCCGCACCGUGUCCCCAGGGACAGCAGGAUGGCUUAGAAACUCAGGUGGCAACAAGACAUGGUAGUUGGCUUUAGUGUUUUUUCAGGACGAGUUUCCAGCAAAAAUGCUCUCUUCCCCUCCCCAUGUGUCUGUUUAUCUCAGAUUUGGGCAAGUUUCAUCUCUUUUCCUUUUUGUCCAGCAAGAGUCCAAUAUGAGGAUUUCUAUUUCCCUCCUGGUUCUGGUGUAACUUUGGCCAAUACUAUCCAGAUAUUCUCCCUGCUGCUCCUCACACCCUUGCAGCCCUUGCCUCUUCCCUCUCUCCUGUCUCUGCCCCAUGUCCCACUCCUCAGUUAUUGCCAUUAUCCAUUGCCACAGCUUUAUUUUACACUUGUGCCUUCACCUUUGUGCACGCACAGAAGAGAAACCUUGAGCCCUGAGAGGAGCCACCAUCUCCUUCAUACAGCUUUCCCUUGCAAGGCUUCCUUUCUUCUUUCUUCUUUGUAUAACUGAAGUGUAAUUCAAUUUAAAUACAGAUCCCACUUGACAAAUAAUCUGUGUGUGGUGGAACCUGGUCCAGGAGAAACAAUUCACCGCGUGAGUCGGUACAAUCUGAGCUCAAGAGAGCCAAGUGAUGUUGUUACAGGUCAGUGGUGGCUCUGCUGGCCCAGCAGCACCAGCUCUCCUGCAGGGAAGCAGCUGCCCGAGGGGUGUUUUGAGGUCGCGGUCGCGGCCGGCCCAGCCAGGCAGUGACCGGCAGAUGGCACUGGGAGAGACACCACUGAGCACUGGGCAGCUCGGAAUUCACCGCACGGAUCCCUGCCGGCAGCGCCGAGCUUUAUUUAAUCGCCAGCUUCACACGGAGUUAAGGAUCAGAUUAAAAAGAACCUCCUGCCCAGGUGCCGCGGCUGCUGCGCGUUCUCGGGGCAGGCUGAGCUCCUGCUGCCCAGCUGCUCUGGGGGGGAAAAUCCAUCCGGGGGCUAUGGACACAUGAGAAAAGUGCAGCCAGAGCAGCUGCUGUUCCUCUGGGCUGAGGGCUGAGGGGUUGGAGCUGGUGCAAAACCACGUCUGGUUUUGCAUCCGGGUGGAGGAGAACGUAGGGUGAAUUCCCUACAAAGAAUCCAAAGAGCAGAGAAGCAUUUCUCCUCCCAGCAAAAUCAGGGCAUUUGGACAAUAGCUGAUUUUUUGCAGUGCUGGAAGUGUCCCCCCUGGUCCCACCAUGGUCUCCCUCGCCUCAGCUGCCCUUUGGCACUCGCUGUGCUGGUUCAGACAAUCCCCCACUCCCACCCUGCCCAGCUCACAGGGGUUCCCAGUCAACAUGUGUGUCCCAGUGUUUUAAAGUCACAGGAUCAUAGAAUGGAUGAAUGAAUAGUAUGGAAGAUGAUAAACUCCUCCAGAGCUCAUAAAAGUGGGUGAGUAGGGAAGAGAAACAUCCUGUUACUACCAAGCCAGUGCAUGAGCCUUGUUAGACACCAACCAGCCAUUUUCAAGACCCUCAGGAUGUGAGUCAGUAGAAAACCAGGCUUGAUUACUACAGAGUGGGGCCUCUCUGGAGCCACCAGCCAUGAGCAGCCCCUGUCAGGUGUCGGUGUGUGGCUCCUGUCCCUGUGCAGAGGGUCCCCGGGGUGUGGUGGACGGGCUGUUCCUGCAUUCCACACACACUUACCUAAUGCCGGCUGGACAGGAGUGUGUCAGCUCCAGGGUGGGGCUUGGGCCUUGCACUGCUAAUCUUGAUGCUUCAGACAUUGGCUCCAGACAGAGCUGUCGGAGCAGGUUUGGAGUUGAGAGAUGUCCCUGCACCCUUUUAGCAGCAGCUGCCCUGCCCUUGCCGUAAAUCAGCUGUUACUCACGUUUCCCCACGAGCCACAUGCCCUGGUGGUGACUCCUCCAGGGCUGUUUGCUCUUCCCCACAAGCUCUGGGUAUCCCAUUUUAUUUUAUCCUUGUUGCCACACUCUCUCCUGCAAGGCUUAGCCAGGAUGUUGUAGGGCCAGGGGCUACAUGGAGCCUGGCCCUGCAUCUCCACACCACGUUUGCAGAGACCAGCACCUGCACUGGUCUAGUGGAAGGUGUCCCUGUCCAUGGCAGGGGGUUGGAAUGAGAUGAGCUUUAAGGUCACUUCCAAUCCAAACCAUUCUGGGAUCCUCAGCACUGCCUUGUUCCUCAUCAGCCAGGCCACGGUGAGCUGGCCAGCAGGAGCUGGGGCUUGUGUUGAUCCCUUCUGGAUGUUUCUCCAGGUCUAUGGAGCAAGGCUGUUGAGGUGUCUCUAUUAUGAGAUGGAUUUGCCUUAGCAAGAAAUGGGAACCUCUGGUUUGACCAGCUGAGUUGAAGCCUGGUGAGAUGUUGGCCUCAAACCCUGCUUGCAGGAAUUGUUGGGGUAUUGAGGGUAUGGCAGACCCCAGACCUAAGGGAGGAGAAGGUAAUACAGAGGGAUCAGAGAUUUGGGGGGCAGUAGGAGAGCUGUAGUGGUGAGAGAGGUGAUCAGUGUGGCCAAAACAAGAGGAAAAAUGGCAAAGCACUGUCUGGGGAGCCGGGAGGGGAGAGGGGGAGGCAGAGCUGCAGCGUGUGAUUAACUUGGCUGUGCUGACCAGAGCUGCCCACCCGCUGAUCCUUUCUAACAGCCCGUGAUCCCAGAGGAGCCCCUGGAGCCGAGCCGGGCGGUUGCACAAUCACAGAUGGGGAGCCGAGGCUGCAGCAGCCGGGGGGGGCUCUGCCAGACAGGCUCUGUGCUGGGGGCUCCAGGACCCCGAUGUUGGGCCCUCCAGGUGCCUGUGGGAGGGAGCAGAGCCUGUCCCUGCACAGCCAAGGGUCUGGUUAUUCCAGCCAGCCCAGAUUUUUAUUAUUCCAGCCCUGAGCCUGGCCCAGGAAAGGGGCAUCAACCCUCUGCUUGCCCCUCAUUCCCAGCCCUGGGGGCCUGUUCCUCAGCUGCCAUUGCUGUGCCCCCAACACAGAUCUGGGGACAAGGUGGGCUCUGACCCUGCCUGGGGAGUUCCUGUGCUGCAAAGUCUCUCAGCAGUUGCCUCUUGUUGCCUUCAUUUCUAACACAGCUGCAUUCCAGGGAUGGGGGAGGACCCGGGUGAAAACAGGGGUUUGCUGGCUGCUGUGGGAUCAUUGUUAUAGACUGGGAGAAAAGGGACAGGAGGUAGAGGAGAGGACCCAUAACUGAGGGCUCAGGGAAUGGCUGGGGUUUGGAGCAGCAGAGGCUUGGAUGAAGAAUGCUGAUCCAGGGAUUAGGAUUCAGGCACAGGGUCUGUCCCAGGGAGUGGACCCCGCGCGUUCGCUGGCACCGGCCACGGUGCUGCCUCUCCAUCCAGGCCGAUAUGUGAGAUGGGUGUGUUCUGCAUGGCUCCAAAACUCUAAUAAAUACAUUUCCUCCCCAAUCUUGAAGCUGUUGGGUGUUCCUUGCUUUUGGGAGGUGCUUUAAAUGUGACUGCCAGAGCCGUGGGCUGCUAAGAGCAGAAGCCGACUGCACGAUGCUGAGCUCGGGUCUUCCUCCUGUUUUCCUGGUGCUCACAGUGCUGGAGCUGAGCUGGUCCCUGAGUGAGGAAGAAAAGAAGAUAAUCCUGGAUGAGCAUAAUAGAUACCGCUCCCAGGUCUCUCCUCCUGCCAGGGCUAUGAUGAAGUUGACCUGGGACAAGGAGCUGGAGAGCCUUGCUCAAUCCUACGCAGAGAAGUGCAUCUGGGACCACAACAAGGAGAGGGGCCGACGGGGAGAAAACCUCUUUGCCAUGGCCCCAAUGCUGGAACUAGAAUUUGCUGUGGAAGACUGGAACGGGGAGGAGAAAUUCUACAACUUGACAACAUCCACAUGUGUCCCUGGGCAGAUGUGUGGCCACUACACCCAGGUGGUCUGGUCAGACACAAAACAGAUUGGCUGCGGGGCAAAGUUCUGUGAGAAGAUCGAAGGAAUCGAAACAGAGAACAUGCACCUGCUGGUUUGCAACUAUUAUCCCGCGGGUAAUGUGAAAGGGAAAAAGCCCUACUGGGAAGGACCCCCGUGCUCGACGUGUCCCGAGGGCACAGUCUGUGUGAACAACCUGUGUGAACUCGUUGUAGAAGAGACCACUCCGGCCUCUGUGACAACAAAGGCAAGGCCAUCCACCCCAACCACAGCCCUGCCAAAACCCACAGCCACAGCCAAACCAGAACCCACAGCACCAGCACACACCACAGCCAAACCAGAACCCACAGCCAAACCAGAACCUACAGCCAAAUCAGAACCCACAGCCAAACCAGAACCCACAGCCAAACCAGUACACACCACAGCCAAACCAUCACCCACAGCCAAACCAGAACCUACAGUCAAAUCAGAACCCACAGCCAAACCAGUACACACCACAGCCAAACCAGAACCCACAGCACCAGUACACACCACAGCCAAAUCAGAACCCACAGCCAAACCAGAACCUACAGCCAAACCAGUACACACCACAGCCAAACCAGAACCCACAGCAGCAGAGUCCAUCACAGCCACAGCCAAACCAGAACUCACACCAGUGUCCACCACAGCCAAACCAGAACCCACAGCACCAGCACACACCACAGCCAAACCAGAACCCACAGCACCAGCACACACCACAGCCAAACCAUCACCCAAAACCGCACUUCCAACCACAACCACAGCCAAGCCACCACCCACACCCACACUCCCAACCACAGCCAAGCCCAAACCCCCAACAGCAGCACCCAUUACAACAGCCAAGCCCAAACCUGCCACCACGCUCCCAACAACAACCCCAGCCAAGCCAAAACCCCCCAUGCCAGCAGCCACCACUACAGCCAAGCCAAAGCCCACCUCGCUAACAACCACCACGCCAAAACCCACCACAGCAACCACUAUGCCCACAAAAACAAUGCCAAAACACACCACAACCAACACUACCAGCAGGUCAACACCAACCACACCAAAACCCACCAUAACAACCACUACAGCCAAGCCAUCACCCACUGCAACCACCAUGAUGGCCAAACCAACACCCACCACACCAAAACCCACCACAACCACCACUAUGCCCACAAAAACAAUGCCAACACCCACCACAACCAACACUACCAGCAGGUCAACACCAACCACACCAAAACCCACCACAACCACCACUACAGCCAAGCCAGAACCCACCAUAACCACCACUACCACCAAGCCAUCACCCACUACAACCACCACGAUGGCCAAACCAACACCCACCACACCAAACCCCAACACAACCACCACUACAGCCAAGCCAAAACCAACCACAGCUAUGACCAAGCCAACACCCACCACACCAAACCCCACCACAACCACCACUACAGCCAAGCCAAAACCAACCACAGCUAUGACCAAACCAAUACCCACUACAUCAAAACCCAUUCCAGCUUUGGCUACGUCAAAACCUGGUACAACCACAGCCAAGCCAACACCCACCACACAAACCAAACCAACACCUGCUGCUACACCAAAAUCUACCACCACUACAGCCAAGCCAACACCUGCUGCUACAACACCAAAACCUGCCACAACAGCAAAGACACAACCAAAAGCUGCCACUACCACAAAGGCAGAACCAGAAAGACCUGAUCCUUCUGACGCAACCGGGCUCACUCUUUCCUCUGAGCCCACGUUAGACCCAGAUUAUAAAGUAUCUCCAGAGGCAGACACUGGAGAGCCUGUUAGCUCCUUCACUACAGAGAAUCCAGCCUUAUUAGAAAGCAGGGGCACAGCCUUCAGCCCCAGGUCAGUCCCAGAAACAAAGAAAGGUGUCAAAGAGGAUGGGAAAGAGAAAUCAGCCUUUUCCAGUCCACCUCCGUCCCUCAGCCAAGUUGUUCCAGGGAUCAAGUUAGGUUUCAAUAGAGCUGAGCUCAUAACCCCCUCCAAGUCAGUGGUCCUCAGCCCUGAAGAGCCCACCUUCUUGCGCUUAACAUCAUCCUCCAAAGAAAGAAAAGGGCAGAGCCCCCAUUUCCAGACCUCCCUGUCAGCAGGUGCCCUGGACACUGAAGAAAUGGAGACAGACACUGAAGAAAUGGAGACAGGCUCGGAACAGACAAACGUGGAUCAGCCCACGACUGGAGCCGCCAGCACCUGCUUGGGGUUUUCACUCUUCCUCCUCCCCAGUGCCAUCCUGGUGGGCCUUCUGCUUUGAAUGGUCUUUCUCAGCUCUCCCUGCUCCAGUCACCAUGGCUUUCUUCAGCACUGGUUGUUCCACAACCCUGCUGGGCUCAGGAGACCCCUCAGACAGUUCAGGCUGACACCUCCCUUCUUACGCUGCCUCAUCUGCUCCAGCCCCGGGCAGUGGCAGCCCCGUGGGAACUUGGUCCCCUUCCUGAGGAAAGCCAAGGGCAGGAGGGUGUCUGCCAUAACACUGGUGACCUUGGACACUUCUCCUUUCUUCCUGGCCAGCCUGGGCUUCUGUUCCAUGUGCAAGGUGGGAGUGGUGAGCUGUCCCCCAGCCGUGUGGCCGGCAGGCCCCGCCGCACCGUGUCCCCAGGGACAGCAGGACCCAAGCGGCAAAGAGAGACGUGGUGGUUGGCUUUGGUGUUUGUAGAUGAAACACGGUGGUUGGCUUUGGUGUUUUCUGCUGUUCAUCAGGAUGAGCCUCCAGCAAAAAUCCUCUUUUCCCUUCCCAGUGUGUCUGUUUGUCUCAGAUUUGGGCAAGUUUCAUCUCUUUCCCUUUUUGUCCAAAGAGAGGAUUUUUUAUUUUCCUGUUCCCCUCCUGGUUCUGGUGUAGCUUUGGCCAGAUAUUCUCCCUGCUGCUCCUCACAUCCCUGCAGCCCUUGCCUCUUCCCUCUCUCCUGUCUCUGCCCCAUGUCCCACUCCUCAGUUAUUGCCAUUAUCCAUUGCCACAGCUUUAUUUUACGCCUGUGCCUUCACCUUUGUGCACGCACAGAAGAGAAACCUUGAGCCCUGAGAGGAGCCACCAUCUCCUUCAUACAGCUUUCCCUUGCAUGGCUUCUUUCUUUGCAUAAUUUCCGUGUAUUUGAAUUUAGGUACAGAUUCCUCUUGACAUAUAAUCUAUGUGUGGUGGAUCCUGGUCCAGGAGAAAAAAGUCACCACACGAGUCGGUACAAUCUGAGCUCAAGAGAGCCAAGUGAUGAUGUUACAGGUCAUUAGCGGCUCCAGGACUUGUUGCAGAACCACUGUCAUUAUCUGAGACACUGUGUUUUGUUACCCCACAUCUCCCUUCACCUGAGGAUUCCCAGUCAGGUGUGUUAAAUAUGUGACAAGCUUUCCAGACUGGUGGGAGGAAGAUAACUGGAAGAUACAGUCCCUUCUCUGGUGAUUGCAUCCUUUGAUUUCUUACACAGGUGAGGUGGAGGAUGACCUGCAUUGUUCAUAUCCUCCCACCUGCUGCUCUGUCCUGUGCACUGAAUAAAUCCUUUUGUUAAAGUC